ACUAAGUGGGACCCUCCACUUUUAUACUCUCUCUCUCUUUCCCUCGCUCUCAUUUCUCUUUUCACUUCUCUCUCUUACUACUACUUCUUCAGAGCUUCCUUUUCUAUUCUCUCUUUCUGCUUCCUUUUUUUCAUGGCUUCUUCGAGGGAAGGACACUACAGGGGGGUUCGAAAGAGACCAUGGGGUCGCUAUGCUGCAGAGAUACGUGACCCAUGGAAGAAAACACGAGUUUGGUUAGGCACAUUUGACACACCUGAAGAAGCUGCGCUUGCUUAUGAUGGUGCAGCUCGUUCUCUUCGUGGAGCUAAAGCAAAGACUAACUUCCCAUCACCUCCCUCCACUUCUGGUCUCUCUUUUGACCUCAAUCUUCCAUCGGAUCCUCACCACCACCAUCUUCAUUGGAGUUCAUGUCCUCAUUUGGGGUCUCACAGGUUUGGUGGUUUUGGUGAGUUCUUGCAGACUGGAGUAGUUUUUAAUGAAAUGAACCUCCAUGCUACCGAGGCUGCAGCAGCUUCUGGGUCAGUAGCGAAGAAUGAGGGUCCUGGUGCUGUUGCUGGAACUCCGGCGCCGGAAAAUGUUGCUCCAGUUUCAUUUUUGGGGAUGGUGCGACGUGGGCUGCCAAUAGAUUUGAACGAGCCCCCGCCUUUGUGGCUGUGAUUGAAUAUUUUUAGUUAUAAUUUAACUGAUGAUGAUGGGCUGUAUCUUCUUGUUCUUCUUCGUCUUCUAGGUUUCUAUUAUUAACCUUACCACCAUCUCUUUUUUUCUUUUUUUCCAGUUUCUAUCUCCCUUCUGUACUGUUUACUAUCUUCUCUUUGUAUUAAGAAAAGGAGGGAGUAAUAUUAACAACAAAAUCAUUAAAAACUAAGAA